GCUUUAUGUGCAUGUUACUCCGGGUGUGGGCUCGGAGAUGCUGUGUUGGUCCUUUUAGAAUGCCUUAGGGUUCCUUUCAGCUUUUCUGGCUUUUUAUGCACUGCAACGGCCAGCCAUGAACACAAAAAGGCCAGCGAGGAUUUCGCGAUCACUGCGGCACUGGUCCUUUUCUUUCCGCAUCGUUGCGUCUUUGUCUUUAUUGCACUAGCUAGCUAGUUUGCUUGUGGUUGAACUGCGUACGCUACGCAGCAACCGUCCCCCUUCAUCAUACCUUCCCCAAGUCGAAAUAGCGAUUGUUGUGGUGUCGCGAGCAGUUCUCACUAUUUUUUUGCAAGCGGCCGCUAUCAACCACUCCAAUCCACAAUGACCACCAGAGAACCGUCGAAUCCUUCCUUGGCCAUACCAACACUGGGUGUGGAUCACGUUGAAGUGGACGGAUCAGCUUCUGAUCUUCCCGCUUCCAAGUUUAGUCCGAUACCCAUUGUCAUGUCUCGCGGUGAUACCGGCAGUAGCAUGGGUAGUUACAACAGCAGUCAUUCAGAAACAAGGGAAGCGUGUCAGCUGCAGACAGAUAGUCUCGAAACGCCGUCUGGAAAUUCGUCGGCAGAUUCCAACGACGAUGACCAAGGUAGAAUUGUACUGCAAGCCAACCACCAGCACCGAUUAUCAACCCGCAGGCUCAAGGACGACAAUGGCAACACUAGCAGCAGCCACAGCAAUGGUCCCACUGGAGACCCUCGAGCAAGUGACAAUUCCCUUGGUGGUGGUGGUAGUAGUAGCAGCAGUGAUGGAAAUAAUGAGGCUGGCAAAUCAUUGCUGGCUCCUCUCACAAAUGCCUGGGGAUGGAUCCAGAAACAAAAGGAAAAACACAGAGAACAGCAUUUGAAACAAUUGGCAGAAGAACAAAUGCAAAAAUUAAAACAGGUCCAAAAGACGGAUCCCAGUGUCAACUUUUCAGUGGCCGUAGACGACUCCAGUGAUGGAUAUUCCGACAAGAUCGGCUGCGCAACUCCUCAGCACUACCCCGAUGGAGACUCCUCUAACCGAGACGACGAUGAGGACGACAUUUCCUGGAUUCCACCGGUGCGAUGCGUCGAAGAACAGGUCAAUAUAGAUGUUCCUCCCAGUCCACGCAGUUCCCGCUCUGGAGAGCCUCUUUCCUCGGAUCCGACAAAGCCAGUCCCCUUUUUGCUCAAUCCAGCACAAAUGCACGACAUUGCCCGCCAUGUGCUGCCCAAGGGCAUUGCCUUUUGUCGAUGGAGACGACUCUACAGUUUAACCCGCGACGGUGAUUCCUUUUUCCAAUGCCUUCGUCUCUGUGGUUCCGAGCCAAAAACACUCAUGGUCAUCAAAACAACCCGCGGCGCAAUCUUUGGAGGAUAUGCCGAUUCCUUGUGGGAGAUUCAAUCGCAUCAAAAUGGAAACUUUCAUGGCAGUGCACAGGCAUGCUUGUUUUCCUUUGCCAUACUUCCAACCGCAAAUGAUGCAACAGCAACAACAACAAUCAAUGGCCAACAACCACUCAAGACAGACACCAAUCUUCGAGUAUUCCAUUGGACGGGCGCAAAUCGCUACAUUCAAUUCACAGAUAAGAGUGAGCAUCGACGAAUGUUGGCAUUUGGGGGAGGAGGACAAGAAGGUUCCUUUGGAUUGUGCGUUGAACAAGACUUUCAACUCGGAAGUACUGGACAUUGUGACACAUUUGACAAUCUGCCACUCUGCGACCAGGAAAACUUUAACAUCCUAGAUAUGGAAAUCUGGGGAUUCCUGACCGGGCAGUUUUAACGAAAAAUACGCCCCGAGAGACUUCUCGGGAACGUCUAACUCGGUUGUUUUGUUUUCGAAGAAGAAAGUGCUAGCUAUGAAAGUAACAGAUGGGCGAUUGCUAUCACAUACAAUGUAUUAUCGAGGUGGUAGUCGAGGAGAUUGCAACAAACACGGGUUGGAAAUGUCAGCAGAACCGGAGAAAUUUCUGAACCAAGCGAUUCGUUGCGACGACUGCUUUACAUGGCGGUUGUUUGGACGACAAAAGAACGAAAGUCUCAGAUUCUCUCGGCUUGACAUGCCAAACGACAAAAGGGAAUCGAUGGGUUGGCCAAGCUGGCCUCCAACUCCUUGCUUUUUGGAGCUUCAAUCCACCGUACAUGUACCGGUAAAGUGGAGCAAAGCCCCCCAUCAUGCAGCAAAACAAAUCGUUGAAGUAUCUUGUGCAUAUCACUCCUCGGUUAUCAUGUACAUGCAAUCAUGUAGUUGAGAUCAAAGAGCCACUGGCUAGCUAGCUAAACAGACUUCAAGGGCAACCAUUUCACCUGGACUUGUUUGCAUGCUCCCACAAAGCUAGCUAGAGCUCGCUCGCUUCCAUAGCCAUCAUAGCUAUGAUACAGUGCGAUAGCUACCCAACUUA